AUGGCUCCACAGACUGGCUCCACUGAAAAGGAGACAAAACCCAUUUCAGCCUUUCCACAGCAUCUCACUUGGGAAGAGAUCAAAAUCCACAAUGGCCGUGGCCAAAGUCAGCAGCAGUGGCUGGUGAUUGACAGGAAUGUUUACGAUGUCAGCACGUUUUCCAAACAGCACCCUGGAGGCAGCCGAGUUAUUAGCCACUAUGCUGGGCAAGAUGCGACGGAUGCCUUUGUAGCAUUUCACAAUGACAAGGCUCUGGUGAGAAAAUACUUGAAAUCGCUGCUGAUCGGGGAGCUGGCACCAGAUCAACCCAGCUUUGAGUCUAAUAAAAAAAAGUCGCUUUUAGAGGACUUUCGUGAGCUGCGCUGCACUGUUGAAAAGAUGGGACUUCUGAAGCCAAAUUACACCUUUUUCUUCAUGAUUUUUCUUCACCUCCUGGUACUGGAUGCUGCAUCCUGGCUCACGAUCUGGUACUUUGGGAUAUCCUUAGUGCCUUUCCUUGUUGGCAUGGCGUUCUUCACCAUUGCUCAGAUCCAGAUGGGCUGGUUCCAACAUGAUCUGGGACACUGCUCUGUCUUCAGGAAGCCUAAAUGGAAUCAUCUGCUGCAGAUCAUUGUGAUAAAUGUUCUGAAGGGGUUACCUGCUAGCUGGUGGAAUCAUCUGCACAACCAGCACCAUGCCAAACCCAACUGCUUCCGCAAAGACCCUGAUCUCAAUAUGCACCCUCUCUUGUUCAGCUUGGGAAAGGCACUCUCAGUGGAGCUUGGAAAAAAAAAGAAGAAGUUCAUGCCUUAUAAUUAUCAGCAUAAAUAUUUCAUCUUAUUGGCUCCACUUGCCCUUGUACCCUUCUUCCAGCUGUCUAUAUUCUACUUUGCAAUCAAGAGGAAAAAGUGGUUGGAGCUGUUAUUGAUUGUGUCUUUCAACAUCCGAGUUUGUCUCAUGUAUGUUCCUUUAAUGGGAUUUAACAAUUUCAUGGUGUAUUACUGGAUGUCCAGGUAUCUAGAGAGUACAUGGUUUAUUUGGGUCUCGCAGAUGAAUCACAUUCCAAUGAACAUUGAUUAUGAUAAGAACAAAGACUGGGUAUCUACUCAGCUCCAUGCAACGUGCAAUGUGAAGCAAUCUCUGUUCAAUGACUGGUUCACUGGGCACUUGAACUUUCAAAUUGAACACCACCUUUUCCCCACAAUGCCUCGACAUAACUACUGGAAAGCAGCUCCUCUUGUGAAAGCCCUUUGUGACAAGCAUGGCAUUGAGUAUAAAAGCAAGACUUUACUCAGAGCCUUUGUAGAUAUUUUGCACUCACUGAAGGAGUCUGGGGAACACUGGCUUGAAGCCUAUCUGCAUGGAUAG